CCCCUGUUCCGCUUAAAUUGGGUUCCUUCUUGUCCUGAGAAACACAGAGACCCCCAAAAGGGAAGCAGAGGAGAGAGAGACCCACACCCAGACCCCGCGAGAAGAGAUGACCAUGACCACCAUGCCAGAAAGUCUCAACAGCCCCGUGUCGGGCAAGGCGGUGUUUAUGGAGUUUGGGCCGCCCAACCAGCAAAUGUCUCCUUCUCCCAUGUCCCACGGGCACUACUCCAUGCACUGUUUACACUCGGCGGGCCAUUCGCAGCCCGACGGCGCUUACAGCUCGGCCUCGUCCUUCUCCCGACCGCUGGGCUACCCCUACGUCAACUCGGUCAGCAGCCACGCGUCCAGCCCCUACAUCAGUUCGGUGCAGUCCUACCCGGGCAGCGCCAGCCUCACCCAGAGCCGCCUGGAGGACCCAGGGGCUGACUCGGAGAAGAGCACGGUGGUGGAAGGCGGUGAAGUGCGCUUCAAUGGCAAGGGGAAAAAGAUUCGCAAACCCAGGACGAUUUAUUCCAGUUUGCAGUUGCAGGCUUUGAACCGGAGGUUCCAGCAAACUCAGUACCUAGCUCUGCCCGAGAGGGCGGAGCUCGCGGCCUCUUUGGGACUCACGCAGACGCAGGUCAAGAUCUGGUUCCAGAACAAGCGCUCCAAGUUCAAGAAGCUGAUGAAGCAGGGCGGGGCGGCUCUGGAGGGUAGCGCGCUGGCCAACGGCCGGGCCCUGUCUGCCGGUUCCCCGCCGGUGCCUCCCGGCUGGAACCCCAACUCCUCUUCCGGGAAGGGCUCGGGCGGCAGCGCGGGCUCCUACAUCCCCAGUUACACGUCGUGGUACCCCUCGGCGCACCAAGAAGCUCUGCAGCAACCCCAACUCAUGUGA